CACAAAGAGCUGGCGGCAGAAGCUGGGAAGAAAAGUGCUACUUUCACACCUUGCCAGACUGCAACCAUGCUUGAGGAAUCUCAGCCAAGACCCCAAACAGGGUUAGACCCGUCCAUGAACCGCCAUCGACCUGCAUCAGAAAAAACACAGGACAUUUCACAUUUAUUGGCAAGCAUCUUCAAGGAUCUCUACACAACAGAGAUUAUUGGGAAAGACACAGUUGCCAUUCUCACCAAGACAAGAAGGGGAGGCAACAACUACCAUGACAAAUAUGUGGAGGAUCUUCAACAGGUCCAUUCAGAGUACAGCCGUCGGAUGCGUGAUGCUGACAUGUUGGAGAACCACAUCAUUCAGGCUCGGGUCCAGGCCACGGCUACAGAGAGCAGGGCCCACACCAAGGUGGUGGAGGAGGUGGGAGAGGCCUACCAACAGCUGGGUCUGCCUCCAGUCAGGUGGACCUUCAUGUGGUGUGUUGACAACGGCCUUCUGAAGAGUAAACAAGAUCACUGA